AUGAUAUUUAAUUAAUAUUUUAUUCUGGUCUUAUCUGAAUUUUGUGAUGUGUAUCAUAAAUAAAGAAAGAUUUUCUUAUUUAUAAAGAAAAAUAUUCAAUAUUAUAGAAAUUAAAUUUAGUGUGUUUUUAAGCUAGAUGCUCACAAACUUUAAUUAGAUGCAGAUGGAAAUGUAGAUUUUGCAAAAAUCUAAGCAAGAUGGGAUGAUUUAAAAUCUGUUAAAGUAAGUUUGGGAAAUAAGUAUUUCACUUCUGAAGUUGUUGAAAAAGCUAAAACUCUCCCAUAAUAAGACCAAUAAAGAUUCCUUAAUUUAAUGCUUGCUGGAUUGACAAAUGAUGACAGCUCUGUUGGCAUUUCUGCUACUAACCUGAAGAUUAUAAUUUUGUGCCUUCUACUUGGAAUAAUUAAUUAGAGACUACCAUUAAAUAUAAGGAGACACAAAAGAAGAAUAUCAUUGGAAUAUUCUAAUUGAUGAAUAUGUUUUUAACUAGAAUCAAUCCAACUUUAGAAAAAGUGUCAGA